AUGUUUCCUGGUACCCUCUUACUUCGUCGCCAGCUUGCUCUGAAACAGGUCCUGAUAUCAUCUUCCUUGUUGAGCGGCAGGGCCUCUUCAAUUGGCAGAAUUGUGGGAUUUAGACCUAUUAGAUUGUACUCAGAUAAGAAGGUUAUCACUCCCGUCACUCCGCCCCCUGCAUCUACCACACCUGUCUUCUCUCCAGAAGAACUUGAAGCUGCUCGUCUUGCCCGUCUAGCAGGAUUGGGAUGGGUCGCUAAACUUCCUGAGAAAUGGAUCCCAUACGCUGAACUUCUGAGAGUUGAAAAACCAGUUGGUACUCUUUUGCUUCUUCUCCCAUCUUUCUGGGCUAUCACCAUGGGUGCAUACGCCGUAGCAGCUCCCAUUACUACUAUGUUGACUGCAUCAGCUCUUUUCACCGUUGGAGCACUUGUUAUGAGAGGAGCUGGUUGUACUAUCAAUGACAUUCUUGAUCGUAACUUGGAUAAUAAGGUUGCCAGAACCGUGGAACGCCCUGUAGCAAGUGGUAGGGUUUCAGUUCCUCAAGCCGUAGGAUGGCUAGGUGUCCAAUGCUUUGCUGGGUUAGCUGUUUUACUUCUGCUUCCAUUUGAAUGUUUCUAUUUGGGUGCUCUACUGCUCCCUUUUGUAGCCACAUAUCCUCUCUAUAAACGGUUUACAUACUAUCCUCAAGCUGCUCUUUCGUUUGUUUUCAGUUGGGGUUGUCUUUUAGGUUUUCCAGCCGUUGGUGCUCCUUUGGAUUUGUGGGUUGCUCUCCCGCUCUUUGUAUCAAACUUCCUUUGGUGUAUGACAUAUGAUACCAUUUAUGCCCAUCAAGAUAAGGCAUUUGACAUUAAGGCUGGGAUCAAAUCUACUGCAUUGGCCUGGGGUUCUCGUACAAAGCCAAUCUUGUAUGGACUUCUGGCUACACAACUCUCCCUCUAUGCAUUUGCUGGGUUUAUGAAUGGUAUGGGUCCUGGGUUCUACGGUGCUGCUAUCUGGGGAUUUUCCCGUCUCUUCUCCCAAAUUAAGUCUGUCAACUUGGACAAUCCAAAGAGUUGUUGGAAUGCAUUCACAGGUAAUAUUAGAACUGGUGAAAUCUUAUGGUUGGGUAUUCUUGUUGACUACGUAUUACAACUACUUGGAUAUUUGUAAAUAGAUAAUAUAAAAGUGUGUUAGCAUUAUAAAGUCUUACCAUACACGA